AUGCGCUCAACGGCCGUCGCUCGUCUGGCAUUGCGCAAUGUUGCUACCAGACAAUGUAGCAGUAGAACGUUCAUCACAGCAGGCAUAGCCGGUCAAAACCAUCAAAGAAUACCACGACGACAAGCGCAAUGGCAAAGUAUACCACAACGACGAUGGCAAUCCGGCACAGCCCAAGCAGUGCUCGAGACAGCAAUGCAAGAUCCCUCCGCACUAACCCAAGACACAAUCGUCGACAACCUCAACCCGGAAGAAGCACAACGACUAUCACGUGUACGAAAUAUCGGUAUCGCCGCCCACAUCGACUCCGGUAAAACAACAGCGACGGAACGAGUAUUGUUCUACACUGGACGAAUCAAGGAUAUCCACGAAGUGCGAGGGCGGGAUGCUGUGGGCGCCAAGAUGGACAGUAUGGACCUGGAGAGGGAGAAGGGCAUCACCAUCCAGUCUGCGGCGACAUUCUGUGACUGGAUCAAGAAGCAGCCGGAUUCUGUGACGGGUGAGAUGAAGGACGAGAAGUACCAUAUCAACCUCAUUGACACGCCCGGACAUAUCGACUUUACGAUCGAGGUGGAGAGGGCGCUGAGAGUGCUAGAUGGCGCGGUCAUGAUCUUGUGUGCCGUUUCUGGUGUGCAGUCGCAGACGGUGACUGUCGAUAGGCAGAUGAGACGGUACAACAUCCCUCGCAUUUCCUUCGUGAACAAGAUGGAUCGUGCGGGCGCGAAUCCUUGGAAAGCCGUGGAUGGGAUCAGUCAGAAGCUACGCAUACCGGCUGCUGCUGUACAGAUACCGAUUGGUGUCGAGGAUGGGUUCCAAGGAGUGGUAGACUUGAUUAGGAUGAAAGCGCUGUUCUCAGAAGGAGCAAGAGGUGAAAUCAUACGAGAGGAUGAGGUGCCUGCGGAUCUGCGGGAGUUUGCUCAGGAGAAGAGGAGGUUGUUGAUUGAGUCGUUGGCGGACGUGGAUGAGGAGAUCGCGAAUGCUUUCCUUGAGGAGCGAACACCAAGCCCACUGGAGAUCAAGGCGGCGAUCCGACGAGCAACCAUUGGCUUGAAGUUCACACCCGUCCUCAUGGGUUCAGCUCUAGCAGACAAGAGUGUACAGCCCAUGCUCGACGCAGUAGUCGACUACCUCCCGAAUCCAUCCGAAGUAGAGAACCUCGCCCUCGACCGCCGACGAGCCGAAGCACCCGUCAAGCUUGUCUCCUACAACAGCCUCCCCUUCGUCGGUCUAGCCUUCAAGCUCGAAGAAAGCAAUUUCGGACAACUAACAUAUAUCCGCGUCUACCAAGGCCAGCUGAAAAAGGGCUCUUAUGUAACCAACGCCCGAACAGGCCAAAAAGUCAAGAUUCCUAGAAUCGUGAGAAUGCACAGUAACGAGAUGGAAGACGUCCAGGAAAUUGGUGCUGGAGAAAUCUGCGCCGUUUUUGGCGUCGACUGCGCUUCCGGAGAUACUUUCGCCGAGGGAGGCCUAGGCUACACCAUGACCUCCAUGUAUGUCCCCGACGCCGUAAUAAGCCUCUCCAUCCGCCCCAAACAAACCAAAGACACCCCCAAUUUCAGCAAAGCCAUCGCACGUUUCCAGCGCGAAGACCCAACCUUCCGCGUCCACGUCGACACCGAGAGCGGCGAGAGCAUCAUCUCCGGCAUGGGCGAACUCCACCUCUCCAUCUACGUCGAGCGCAUGCGCCGCGAAUACAACGUCGAAGUCCUGACCGGCCAACCCCAGGUAGCCUACCGCGAAACGAUCCAACAACCCGUCAACUUCGACCACCUCCUCAAGAAACAAACCGGCGGCUCCGGCGACUACGCCCGCGUAGUAGGCUACCUCGAACCCACGGGUACACUAGGCGAGAACAAGUUCGAACAACAGAUCGUCGGCGGCACGAUCUCGGAAAAAUACCUCCUAGCCUGCGAAAAGGGAUUCCAACAAAGCUGUAUCAAUGGUCCUAUGCUAGGCCACCGAGUCCUAGGAGCGAGCAUGGUUGUCAACGACGGCGCAACCCACAUGACGGACUCCUCCGAAAUGGCCUUCAAAAACGCCACCCAACAAGCCUUCCGCAAAGCCUUCAUGGCCGCCGGCCCCCAAGUCCUCGAACCCCUCAUGAAAACCGUGAUAACAGCCCCCAACGAAUUCCAAGGAAAUAUCGUCGGCUUACUGAAUAAACGCAACGCGGUGAUCAAUGAUACCGAGGUUGGGCCGGAGGAAUUUACACUUUAUGCUGAUUGUAGUCUGAAUAGUAUGUUUGGGUUUUCGUCGCAGUUGAGGGCGAGUAGUCAGGGGAAGGGGGAGUUUUCGAUGGAGUUUUCGCAUUAUGCGCCUGCGCCGCCGCAGUUGCAGAGGGAGCUUGUGGCGAAGUUUGAGAAGGAACGGGCGGAGAAGAAUAAGAAGUGA